AUGGAAAACGGGAGCAAGCUGGACAACCCCAGCAACGUGUCACUGGCGCAUGGUGAUGCUGUCCUGUACCCGAUCGAAUACAAGAUGGUUGCGGUCUUCCUGGUGCUCCUGGUGUGCGUGGUGGGCAUUGUGGGCAAUGCCAUGGUCCUGGUGGUGCUGACCAUGCGGGACAUGCGCACGCCCACCAACUGCUACCUGGUCAGCCUGGCCCUGGCUGACCUCACCGUACUGGUGGCUGCAGGGCUGCCCAACGUCUCUGACAGCUUGGCCGGGCAGUGGGUCUACGGGUACGCUGGCUGCCUGGGCAUCACCUACUUGCAGUAUCUGGGCAUCAACGCCUCCUCCUGCUCCAUCCUGGCGUUCACCGUGGAGAGGUACAUCGCCAUCUGCCACCCGAUGCGUGCGCAGACCGUGUGCACCGUGGCCCGGGCCAAGCGGAUCAUCGCGGCCGUGUGGGGGGUCACGUCCGUCUACUGCCUGGCCUGGUUCUUCCUGGUGGACCUCAGCGUCAGCGAGGGCAGGGGCCUGGAGUGCGGCUACAAGGUGUCCCGCAGCCUCUACCUGCCCAUCUACCUGCUGGACUUUGCCGUCUUCUUCGUCACACCGCUGCUGGCGGCCACGGUCCUCUACGGGCUCAUUGGGAGAAUGCUGCUCCGCAGCUCCCUGCCCCACCCGCCCCACCGCUGGGGCAGCAACACCUGGCGGGGGGCAGGAACUGCGGAGAGGCAGCCCCGCGGGCCAGGCGGAGGUACGGGGGGCAGCUGCCCCACGUCUAGAGGCUUCCCGUCCUCCCGGAAGCAGGUCACCAAGAUGCUGGUGGUGGUCGUGCUGCUCUUCGCCGUCCUGUGGCUGCCCUACCGCACGCUUGUGCUGCUCAACUCCUUCGUGGCCCGGCCUGUCCUGGACCCCUGGGUCCUCCUGUUCUGCCGCACCUGCGUCUACGCCAACAGCGCCAUCAACCCUGUCGUCUACAGCCUCAUGUCCCGGAAGUUCCGGGCAGCCUUCUGGAGGCUGUGCCGGUGUGGGGCGGAGGAGCGGCAGAGGCCCUCGGCCCACCUCACCUCUACCAGCCACAGCGUGGUCCGGGAGACCCCCCAGACGACGCAGCCCGGCAGGGGCGAGGCGGCCGGGCCCCCACCGCCGCAGCAGGAGCCUUGUUUCAGCGCUGUCUGA